AUGCCGCCACCGAGUACCGUAAUCACUUAUCCCGAUCCUAGUUCUCACCCUCAUUAUAGACUUACAAGUAAAAAAACAACGGCGACCCAACUACCCUUCCAGCUGAAUAAUGCGGGCCUUUUCCACCAGAGCGCGCUACGAAAUGGCGAAUGGGUGCAAUCGCAGUCAAGAGACACCUUCAAUAUUGAAGUGUUCGCAUCCUGCCCGAUCAAUAAAACCCCUGACGUAGACGACUAUGUCAAAACCUCCCACAAAGCGUUCCUCCAAUACCGAGAGGUGAACCCCCGCCAGCGAGCGAAGAUGCUCCUGAAGUGGCAUGACCCCAUCACCAACGCUCGAGAAGAUAUCGCUAAACUUGUAGUGCAUGAAACCGGCAAACCUACCAACGAGGCUCUCGGCGAGCCUAUUGGUGUCAGCAUUGCUAUUGUACAUUGGAACUUCCCGGUGACCAUGAUCAUUAUUCGUAAGGUCGCUGCAGCUCUAGCUGCGGGAUGUACUAUGGUUAUGAAGCCUUCUCCAGAAACACUUUUGAGUACACUAGCUCUAGCCGACUUGGCUUUGCGGGCUGGAUUUGCUCCUGGUGUACUCAAUAUCAUCAUUGCCGACAAUAAAAACACGCCGGCUGUGAGCGAAGCCCUCUGUAAGCACCGUCUUGUUCGUAAGGCCACCUUUACAGGAAGCACUGCUGUUGGGAGCCUUAUCGCACGACAUUGUAGUUAUGGGCCAAAGAAGGUGACGAUGGAAUUAGGCGGCGAUUGUCCGCUGAUAGUCUUCGAUGACGGAGAUUUGGACCAGGCAGCAUGCACCUAUGCUAAUAGAGUGUACAUGCUCGCGGCUACGAGAAGGAUAGAGAAACUUGAGGCACGUCUCGGAUGCUGUUGCGAAAGGUGGCGGAGUUUUAUGUGGCGGAAAGAUCCAAGGCCAAGGCUAUUUUAUUUCUUCGAGCCUACCAUCAUCUCCGAUAUGAAAUCUUCUAUGUUAACCACACAAGAAAAGAUCUUUGGCCCCCUUCUGGGUCUAUACAAGUUUGAAACGGAAGAUGAAGUUGUCAAACUUGCCAAUGGCACAUCAAUGGGUCUUGCAUCAUAUUUCUUCACCAGGGAUGUGAGAGGGAAUUCUUCAUCUGCUGAAUCGCCUUUCGGAGGCAUUAAGGAGUCGGGUUAUGGUAAGGAAGCAGGAAAAGACGUUGCGAUCGAGGAGUAUCUCAUUUCGAAGACUGUAACAUUGACGAUUGGUGAAGUAUCUAAAUUGUGA